CAAUUUCUACAGCUAUAGCGAUAGCACUUGCUUUGAACCGAAAAUAGCAGCUAAUGGCUUGACCGCAAAAGGAGUUAUUGAUCCUAAGGGCAGGGUCAAGGUCACCCUUACUGUUGGAUCAAGGUUGAUCGAUGUUCGCUGCGAGCCGUAUCGACGGGCGCGUAGGGCAGGAAAGAAGAAGAAGCCUGGGGAGAUCUAACAUGGCACAUGCAAUCCUCUCGUGUUGCCGUACCGUUUUGGCAGCUGCAAUGCCUCAACCGGCAGCGUCACGUGCCAAAGCGACUGCGGUGUUCCCGGUCGUCGGGAUCGCCUGCAAGAACCUCGCAGCAGAUCGAAUCUGCGCGCGAUCUUUAACAUUGACAACAGACGCUCUCGCUCGACUCUGUCUCGACGACAAAGACGACAGUUCAAAGCGGCUCUCACCUCCAUGUGAUGCCGGGAGCUCGCCAGGCCGCUUCCCCAUCCGUGUGUGCCGGCAGCCGGCGAUCGUACGAGCGGGCGCGGCAGCCAAUCGCGCGUGCUGACAAGGACGACGACCUCUUCGGCUCUGUCACACGCGCAACAGCAGCGGUAUUGCUGACGAGCGCGCCGCGGCGCGUCACGAGAGGAGAGAUGGGCGCGGGCGCUGCUGCCCGAUGGAGCGCGGCAGGCUGGCUGGCGGCCGCGUGGGAUCGGUCGAUCCGUUGGCUGGAGCAGCGUG